AUGACGGUCCAGCUAUCGCCCACCAGUGGGCUUGUUAGACACACCGUACAAAUAAUUGAAUCUCCAAAGCUAUCAAAGCCAAUAAAACGUCAAGUGUCGAAUGAAGUUGGAGAACCACUGCUGUCACAGUUAGCUGAUGAAGCACGAGCUUUAAUAAGAGUCGUGGAGAUUGAGAAGGCUUUCAGAUGCGAGUACUGCGAAGAUGUUUUCUACUUGGAGAGUGGUUUGAACAACCACCGUGUCAUACAUAAGGGGGUUAAGAACCCCUUCACCUGUCAUAUAUGUAAAGUCAGCUUCGCCACAUACUCCAGGUGUACAACCCACAAAACGACACAUGGCUUUUACAAGCGUUCGCUGGCUGAUGCUAAGAAGCAAGCUGACGGUUCUACGCAGAAAGAUACGGAACCACCUUCCGCUACCGGCAUACUGGGAUACGGAGACUUUCCUGUCGUUAAACAUUUCUUAUGCGAGGACUGCGGCCGUUCUUACCUUCAUUGGACGUACCUUCAAGUGCACCGUCGCAUGAAGCAUGCCAACGAGAACUUUUUAUACAAGUGCAAUCAAUGUGAAAUGACCUUUCCUAACAGUUGGAGUAUGGCAUAUCACCGGAAAAAAGUUCACGGCAAAACUGGACCUGACGACCCCGGGACUAGUAAUAAAACUGCCAGAGAAGAUUAUAGGAUACCAUGUCGAGACUGUGAGGAAGUGUUACCAAAUAAGACAGCGUUGUACAAGCACAGGAAGAAAGAACACAGCGAUGGUAAUGUGUCCGCCACUAGGGCGAAUAACCCGCAAGGCACCUUCAGUGGAGAGAGAAUAUCAAAUGCGUGUACGCAUUGUCCGGCCACUUUCACACACGCACCGGACCUACAUAAGCAUGUCAAGGAGGUGCACCAGCAGGCGGGCUGGUGCGCGCGGCGGCCGCACGUGUGCCCGGUGUGCGGCCACGCCUUCCGCACCGUGUCCAUGCGCAACGAGCACCUGCGCGUGCACACGGGCGAGCGCCCCUUCCCCUGCGACGUGUGCGGCGUCGCCUUCCGCAGGUCAACAGCGAUGCGAAACCACCGCCUCAUCCACAGCGGCGUGAGGGCGUGGGCUUGCGGCAGGUGUCCGAAGCGGUUCAGGAUCCGGUCCGAUCUGAGGACACACUUACGUCUUAAACACCCGGCUACACUGCUUGUAUUCGAGAUGGAAGGUCUAAACCCGUCCCCGGAUGAAGUUAUGAAGCAUCUCGCGAUGCACAAUAUUUCACACGACAAAGUUAUUGAAAUAACCAAGAUUUCCUUCGCCAAGGGCAGUACGGGCGUGGUGCCCAACAGCGCGCGUGCGCUGAGCGCGCUGGGCGACGUGCCGCGCGCGCACGUGCCCUGCGCCAAGCCCGCGCCGGCGCCGCUGCGGAACGCGCUGGAUGAAUUCCAGCCAGCCCGUCGCGGCAGAGGCAUAGCGAAGAACCCUCGACGGCCCAAGAUAUUGCAGCGGGGCGUGUGCUCACAGCAGGAGUCCUCUGCCUACCCACUUCCUGUCAACGUUGGAGGGGAGGAAAUACCAGAACUGAACCUUCAGCUCCUUCUUAGGGACGGGGUCCUCGUUAAUGGCAAUCAAAUGGUGCAACUGCAGCUGGAUGACCCGAUGUUGUUGGAUAACUGUGAUUUCAUUGCGAACACAUCAAUUUUGAGAUAUUAUUGCUAUCAGAUCUACAUAAUGCGUCUCAUACCUUGUAUGAGGGGGACCGACGAAGAUGAGGACCACUCGAAACAGAUCGACCGUGAGAUCAAAAACUGGAUAAAGACAUAUAACGAAGCAAUAAAACUGUUACUCCUGGGCACCGGUGAGAGUGGAAAAACUACAAUAAUUAAACAAAUGAAGAUAUUGCAUGUUCAAGGAUUCUCACUUAAAGAACGAGCGGAGAAGGCGGUACACAUACGACACAAUGUACACGAAUCCAUCUACGAUAUCCUGAGCAACAUGCCUGCUCUCAGCAUCCCUUUACAGAAUCCUAAGAAUAUACAGUCACAGCAUUAUAUACUAAAAUGGGGGCCUAGUGGACCCCUUGAAUACACAGAGGUUUAUUUUGACCAUGUGAGGGCAUUAUGGCGUGAUGGCGGUGUCAGAGAAUGUUUUAAGAGGGCUAAUGAAUAUCAACUAAUUGAUAGUGCUGAAUAUUUUCUUGACAGAAUAGAUCUUAUUGAGAAACCAGACUAUGUUCCAUCAGACGCUGAUAUAUUGCGGUGUCGUCAGAAAACUACGGGGAUACAAAAAAUCGAAUUCAAAGUGAAGGUGCCAAAAUCAAUGCACGGUGGCGUCCAAGACUUCUGGAUGUUUGAUGUGGGAGGGCAAAGAGGGGAGAGGAAAAAAUGGAUACAGGUAUUUGAGGGGAUCAACGCAAUAUGGUUCUUGGUGGCGUGCAGCGACUUCGACCAGACUCUGAGGGAGGACAACACUCAGAACAGACUGAAGGAAGCCUUGGAGUUGUUUGGCGAUGUGUGGCAGAGCAGGUUUCUCCUGGAGGCCGGUCUGAUAGUCUUCUUAAACAAGCAGGACCUCCUCGAAGCGAAAGUGUCCCAAGGUCGGAGCAUAGCGCCUUACUUCCCUCAGUAUGGCCAGUUCAGCGCUGCUGGAGACGAAUACACAAGGACCAAGAUGUUUAUUAAGAGUUUAUUUAUGGAAAUACUAACAAAGAAGCGCGAACGCCGUCAGCCAAAUGCUUCGGAGCGCUUCAUAGUCGGCGAAGCAACUCGCUCGAGGGAAUGCUACUUCCACUUCACGACCGCCACUGACACUGACAACGUCAGGACGGUCUUCCGAGACGUCCACCAGAUCAUCCUGACACAGUUGCUUAAUAAUAUUGGAGUUUACUGA